AUGUCGCAUGCACUGGCAGCCGUACUAUUUUCUUUGCCGACAUCCUUGGGCUUAGCUUGUUCCUGGCUGGUGGCCGAUCCAGGAACCUCCGAGAUCUCACGGCCUGGAGACUCCAACUCUGCCUUGCUCAUCGCAGCUGCAGCUACGGCAAUGCUGUGCCGCGCUUUGCGGUGUUCUAGCGGGGCCUUCCUGUUGCAACGGGCAGGGGUGGAUAAUUCUUUGGGUGGUCUCUUUUUUGUGGGCGGCUUUAGUGGAUUCUUUGGGUCUAUGCUAGUUUUGCCACUGACCUUGGGCCAUUUGCCUUUGAAAGCGGGGGAUGUUGUCUCAGCGGAGACGUUUGAUGUGAGUGUGAUCGCCAUCGCAGCGCUUUGCCUCGGAGCAGCAGAGACGCUUUCAAGGCUGGCAGUUCUUCGUCACUCUGAUACGGUCACCGCUGCAACCCUGGAUGCCGGGAUUCUUCCCUUGGCUGCCCUCACAGCGCGAAGCAUGGGACUUGCCUCGAGCAGUCGCUACAUGCCAUCCGAAUUCCUGGCCUUGGCAAUCCUUCUUCUCAGCUUCCUCAUGCAAUUCUGCUCCAGGACUCUUCGCCGUGCCUACCAAGCUGAUGACGCCCCACAAACAAAUCCUGUGCUGCUGGGGCGAAGCGGAAGCUCGAUGGGAGAGGAUCAGACUGGCUGGGGAGAGGUUAGCCUCUCCUCAAGCAAGCUAAGGCUGAGGCAGGUUUAA